AUGCUUCUAGGGCUGAUUUACCUUGGCUCGAGCUCGGCUUUCCUGGCCUUCGUCUCGGUUGGUGUCAUUGCCCUGGCAGUGUCUUACGCUAUUCCCAUUACUAUAUCAAUGAUCUACCGCCGCAAGGACGUCAACGAAGCACCCUGGAGCAUGGGCAACCUGAUUGGCUGGAUUGUCAACAUUAUUGCCGUCGUUUGGAUUGCCUUCGAGGUCGUCCUAUUCUCUAUGCCAAGCGUUCUUCCAGUCGAUGAGGUUACAAUGAACUACGCCAUUGUUGUGUUCGCAGGAUUCAUGCUUUUCAGUGCGGUCUACUAUAUUGUGUAUGCUCACAAAGUGUAUCAUGGACCACCUGAGUCUGAUGGAAUCAAAGCCCGCUGA